GGAGUGCGCAAAUGAAGCUGCUCCGUACAUGAUUCUUCCGAGGGGUAGUUUCUUUGCACGAAUAUAGAGAAAGAAAGAAAAAGAAAAAAAGAGAAUAUAAAAAGAAAGAAAGAACGAUAGUACGAAGAACACCUGGACCAGCCGCACGCGUCGCACGUUAGUCGUAGGGGUGUUUUGAGGGAGGAGGUGUUUCACAGUGUCAGGGUGGGAUAAAACUAGGAGGGGUAUAGAAGAAAAGAGAAAACGCCAGGGAGAGACGCACGAUGAACUGACUCUCUGGCUCGGGUGUUGUAACUGCUUGGGUUACCAUACAGAAUAUAGACACCCCUCUCUCUUUCUUCUUCUUCUUCUGCUCUCUCUCUCUCUCUCUUUCUCUUUUUUACGUUAUUUAAUUCACUCUGUACGAUGAAAAGUGUAUAGUGCUUACUCGUCUCGCGAGUGUCAUGGGCGCACGUAGGACGUCAUUGUGUUACUGGAUCCUCACACAGAUCCAACAUAACAUAAUAAAUGUAUUUUCGAAUGAGGAUAUACAAAAGGAUCAUCAUCAUCAUCAUACCGGCAUAACAUUAACGUCUAUGACUAGUGUUAUGACGUGUUUAGUGAUUGCGAGGUAUGUGUGCAGAUUGUGUUGACAGUGUAAACUAGUGAAUGUGACACAAAGCAUAAACUUGAAAAACAAAGAUAUACUUAUUAGUGAGAGAAUAAAAAUAAAACAAAUAAGUACGCGUGGUGCAGAAGAGGUUACAAACACCAGGGGGUUGAAUUAGUGGUGGCGCGCAUGAUAACAGUAGGUACAGAGUGGUGGUGAAGCUUGCAAAAAAACGGCGCUGGUGACGAGGAACAUUGUGACGUUAUCAUAACGGCGGGAAGCAAUAUAAAUAGACAGUCGUAAAGCACGAUUGAAGAAAGCCAAAAAGUUCGAUAUCCUAAACUAAAUGUGCGUAAAUGGAAGGUAUAGGGGACAUAACCGAUCAUCACCGAUCGCAUAAUGAGCAAUUGUUAGACUCGGUCGAUUCUCCAACGGGAGCUUCUACGCAUGGUCAUAGAGGCGGUUCGAAUGGCAACUGUGGCGGUAUCGGUGAUGGUGGCUGUGAUAGUGGUGGCAGUAGUGGCAGCAGUGGACAUAGUAGGAGCAGACAUCAUCACCACCACGAGGCGACUCGUGGUGGUAGUGGAGAACUACGUAGUGGGGGUGAAACUGGUGGCGAGGGUAUGUCGUCCUCUGCUUCACAAAGUCCCGAUAUCGGGUGCGCGAGCAUCCCGUUGGAAUUGCUCGCGGCUGGCGCGCUCGGCGUCAAGGAGGAGCGAGACCUUGCCGCCGCGGAGGAUUUGUCUUCAUCGCAGGAACCACCGGGUAGAGCGAGCGCGAGGGAGUCCCUGUCGGUGAUCGUACCACCGCAGGACGUGGACGUUGAUUCACGUGACGCUGACUCGGAGCUUCUCAGUCCGGGUAAGCUAUCGCCAACGUCCGGCAUCAGUGUGUCAGUUGCGAGUAUGAUCGACGCGACGGACUUUCGGACAAUGCAACCAGAACCGACUUAUCAAACUUUAACGUCGGUCGCAGAAAGAAUGUCACCACCUGGAUUUUCACCAGGAUCAUCUUACGCGACAUUGACGCCACUUCAACCAUUACCACCGAUAUCAACGAUGAGUGACAAGUUUGUUUAUGGUGGACAUGCUAGCGGUGGUGUGUCAGGAAGUUUUGCUGUGAUGCAAAAUAACGGUUUGGGUAAUAUCAGCCUGGGAAUGGGAGGUUCACCAUACACCUAUGACAAAUUACCACCAAUGGGAAUGUCACCACCACACAAUUAUCCAUCUCCAGGAGCUAAUCUACAACCAAGUCCUCUAUCACCUCAGAGUGCGUACAGUCAAAGUGGACUUAAUUCACCUCAUAAAUCGGCAAGUCCACAUUAUGAACCAGCCUUUCUGCCAAGAUUACAACAAAGUCCAACAGCAUUGAGUCCACCCUCGCCUCCGGUUUCUGCAGCGACGAGUUUUGCACCUUCACAUCAUUCUCCCCCGACGCUGUCAGUACCAGCUGCUUCACCGCCACCUUUACAAACACAAUUACAACAACAACAACAGCAACAGCAGCAACAACAACAGCAACAACAAACAAUACAACAACAGACAAUAUCACAUAGCCAGCAUGUACAGCACACUUCGGUCGUCAUGAAGACUGUAUCGUCGGCGGGAAAUGGUGCUGGUGAAGUUGAAGAAAUCAACACUAAAGAGCUCGCUCAAAGGAUCAGUGCUGAACUUAAACGAUAUAGCAUACCUCAAGCAAUAUUCGCCCAAAGGGUAUUGUGUCGUAGCCAAGGUACCCUCAGCGAUCUUCUUCGUAAUCCAAAACCUUGGUCCAAACUUAAGAGUGGACGAGAAACAUUUCGAAGAAUGUGGAAGUGGUUGCAAGAGCCUGAAUUUCAAAGAAUGUCUGCCUUACGAAUCGCAGCCCUGAGUAACUGCUCUGAGAGCGGAGGAGACCCGGAUGCAAUGCUGGAUAUCCAUCACCCAGGAUCAGGAAUCGACACCCACCAUCAACAGUUUCACAACUCAUAUGCUGCGCAGAUUCCACAACGAGGAACAUGCAAGAGGAAAGACGAGAUGUCGAGUCAGGCAGAACACCAACAGCCCGCUCCCAAGAAACCACGGUUGGUUUUCACCGACCUUCAGCGCCGUACUCUACAGGCUAUUUUUAAAGAGACCAAGAGGCCGUCGAAGGAAAUGCAAGUGACAAUCGCUCGGCAGUUAGGUUUAGAACCUACGACAGUUGGUAAUUUCUUUAUGAACGCAAGACGUCGAUCCAUGGAUAAAUGGAAAGACGAAGAUCCGAAAAACCCGAGUGUAGAUGAGGGUCAGUUAUCACCGAACCUCGGAUUAGGUUCACGUCAAGGGACUGAUGUUUUGUGACACACGUCCGACCACGAGGAAUAUGACGACGAGUCACCUGAAGAGAAUCUUCCAUUCUCUUAAAUUAUUUCGUUGAAUCCAAUACUGAACCGGCAUAUGUUCAUGCUAGUUGAUGAAAAACACGCAAUCUAUUAUUGAUUGGUUGAAGCUUCUUAUUUAUUUCUAAUCAUUUGGAUGAAAAUAUUUAUAUCAUUUUUUAUCUAUUCUUCUAACUAUUUUAUAUUUAUAUAUAACACAUUUUAAUAUCUCAUACGUACUAUUUUUUUUUUUUAAAUAUCACACAGUUUGAAAUAAAUUACUUUAGUGUAUUCAAUGUCAUUAACAAUAUAUUCUUUAUAAUUUGUUCAUGGCAUUGGUAAU